AUGUCUUCCACACCCGCUGCCGCCGCAGCAGCAGCCCCUGCGCCCGCACCCAACGGCCCGCACACAAACGGUAACUCUCAUGACCGUCCCGCCAAGCGCCCCAACAAUGCCAAUCGCAACGGCAACAAUCGCAAGUCCAAGCAGCAACGGACCAAGCGUGAGCGCAACAUCACCGAGGGCUCGUCAGAGGAGGUCCUUCGCUGCGACAUCGACGCCCUUCUCAAGUUGCGCCGUGAGGCCGCCGGCGCCAGCGAGGACGACGCCGCACCUGCUUCAGAAGCCGACCUACCGGAGCCCUUUACAGAAAUUGAAGCAGAAGUCCACGAGCUGUCCUCCACCGGCGACGGCCUCGCCAUGGUCUCCGGCUCCGACCAAGUCUACAUCGUGCCCUUUACCGUCCCUGGCGACACCGUCCGCAUCAAAGUCAUCCGCCACGUCCCUGGCGAGGGCCACUCGCACGCCGACUUCCUCUCCGUCGUCACGCCCUCGCCCCUCCGCGACGACUCCCGCGUCAAGUGCCAGUACUUUGCCAAGUGCGGCGGCUGCCAGUUCCAGAUGCUCGAUUACGCCGAGCAGCUGCGCCGCAAGCGCCGCAUCGUCGUCAAGGCCUACGCCAACUUCUCCAACCUGCCCCAGGAGCUGCUCCCCGAGAUCCACGACACCAUCGGCAGCCCGCUCCAGUACGGCUACCGUACCAAGCUCACGCCGCACUUUGACGGCCCGCCGGGCUACCGCCCCAGCAAGCGCGGCAAGAACCCGGCCACGCCGUUCCUCAGCUGCCCCGACAUCGGCUUCAUGCAAAAGGGCCGCCGCAAGGUGCUGGAUAUCGAGGACUGCCCGAUUGGCACGGAGGCGGUGCGCCUGGGCAACACGCGCGAGCGCAAGCGCAUGCAGGAGGAGUACACAAACUACAAGCGCGGCGCGACGCUGCUGCUGCGUGAGAACACGGCUCGCCACCCCAAGGACAGCGAGGCCGCUGCGGCGGACCUCGCGCCGUAUACGACGAAGUCGGAGACCGACGGCUUCGUCGACGUCAAGUCCUGUGAGACCGACUCCAAGGCCACCACCACCGAGUACAUUGGCGACUACAUCUUCACCAACCCCGCCGGCUCCUUUUUCCAGAACAACAACUCCAUCCUCCCCGUCUUCACCUCCUACAUCCGCGACCGCAUCCUUCCCACCACCGCUGACAAGCCCAUCAAGUACCUCAUCGACGCCUACUCGGGCUCCGGCCUCUUCACCAUCACCCUCUCCUCCGUCUUCCAGCACUCGGUCGGCAUCGACAUUGCCGGCCAGUCCAUCGAGUACGCGCGCAAGAACGCCGCCCUCAACGGCCUCGGCGAGGACCGCUGCCGCUUCAUCGCCGCCGACGCGGGCGAGCUCUUCAAGUCGGUCACGUACGACGCCGACGAGACCGUCGUCGUGCUGGACCCCCCGCGCAAGGGCUGCGACGCGAGCUUCCUGUCGCAGCUGCGCAGAUUCGGCCCCCGCAGGGUGCUGUACGUGAGCUGCAACGUGCACACGCAGGCGAGGGACGUGGGCGUCUUGGUACGCGGUGAGGGCGAGGGCCGGCGCUAUGCGAUUGAGAGCCUCGUGGGCUUUGACUUUUUCCCGCAGACGGGCCACGUGGAGGGCGUUGCUAUUUUAAAUAGAGUGGAGGAGUAG